AUGCUGGUGGCCAGGGACACAGGCCAGUGUGACUGUCGACAAGGACAGGGCCCUGCAGGUGCUGUUACGGAACUCUGCCAGCCCCCGGCCAAGUACGAGUUGACCCAGGCCACGCUGGACCCCUGCCCCAGACCCAGCGCCACCCGUGGCUUCGUCUCCUGUCAGAGGAGAUCCAGGGAAAGCCUUGCAAGAGUUCAUGACCUGGGUGCCUCCAAACAAGGCACUGGUGCCUGGCUCUUCCUGUCACUGAAAUGUCCCUGCAGGCAGAGGAAGCUGAAGAGAGGGGUGGAGAAGCACAGACUUUUUGAAGACUCUCUGAUUGAGGUCCUUGAGAAGAUCCCCAAGGGCCACAGUGAAGGGGAGGGGCCGGAGGAGGCCCUCGUGGAGACCGUGGUGGGGCACUAUGGGAAGCUCUUCACCAUCAACCAGGACAUCCAGAAGCCUCUGGAGGCCUUCUCCAAGAGGAACCAGGUCGUCCACCAGAGCCUGGGGUCUCUAGAGGAGAGUCAUAGGGCUCGUACCCCAAGCCUCAAGAUUCCGCUGUGUCAGCUGCGAAAGAGGUGUCGCGGCAAGCAGGAACAGUGGUGACAGUUGGAGCACCACGUUGCCUACCAGAGAGACGUGGACAGCUGUGAUGUGGGAAGCAAGGCUGUCACCGCUGACCACAGCCCCACAGACCUGAAGCCCAGGACUCCGGGGCUGCCCAGAGAAGAGCUGCUCAACUACAUGCACGUGGCCAUCAACAACAUGGUCCAGCAGUGUUCGCCCUCCGCCCACAGCGUGCCCAAGAGCAGGGACCUCUUCUCCAAGCUCGACCUGAUUCAGGAAUUUAUGUUGGACAAAAUGGAGACAGUGAGAUUUAUAUCAUUGCGUGUAGAACCCAGAGUGUGCUGGUCAGCGGACAGUGACAAGAGUGAGGGCCUCAGAAGAUGCCCCAGGUCCUUCAGGAAAUGCCCAAGGGAUCGAGAUUCGAUCCCCCAAAUGCCCUUUCCCAGCACCCAGACUUCAGCCCGCUCCGGCCCGUACGGACCAGGCUGGCGACCAAGCCAGCUCUGCCAGCCUCAGGACCAUCUCCUUAGCCCCUCGGCCUCCUUUUGUCACCACAGUGCCCCCAAGUGGGUGGGAGCCAGCCUGUUCCCCGCACUGGGGGAUUGGCAGGCAACAAGGCUGCGGACCGGACCGGGGAAGAAAGAGAGGGAGUUUGCCGGGUGGGAGGCAGCAGGAGGUCAGGUGGGACUUGCCAGGCUGGACUUGCACCUGGGAGCCAGGGCCACACUGUCAAGGUCGUCGGUGGGUUUGUUUUAAGAAGAGCUCUGGAUAGGUGCCUAGCUUUUAGGAACAAGCACGUCACAGAAACUCCCUUAAAGAGCCCCUCAGGGCCUAGGAGGUGAGAGCUCGCCUUGCCCACUGCAGACGGGAGAGCACGGCAGGCUGGGGGUCCUGAAUUUGUUCAUCGGGGGCGUCUCAUCAGAAGCAGACGCAGGGUCACUGCCCUCUGCGUUUCCCGAGGGUCCCAGAGCUGCCCGGAGUGGAUGCUGCUCUCGGGGAGAGCUUGGCAAGGCAGAACCCCUCCCUCUCCAGCCUGCCUGGAAAGUUGGGCGAGAGGGCAUCUAAGGGAGUCCCCCUCCCCCUCCCCAGCCGGAUGUCCUUAGGCUGGGGGUGGAAGAGCUUGGUCUGGAUGAAAGCACUGGUUUGGCUUUCUUGUGUCACUGGUGUCAAACCCUCCUGGUGACCGCCGCAGCCCUGGAAAGACUUCACGUCUGGAGGCCGGCCUGCCUCGGCUUUUUGGUGUGGAUAAAAGUCGCAAGUUAAGAGCAACUGACCAGCUGCGAACCAGCGAGUUAACUUUCAAAGAAGAGUUUCAGAAAAGAUGCUGCUGUUCGGUCCACAAGCGCCGAGGGUCGUCAUUUUCCAGGUGCUGUUGGGAGAGGGGACAGGCGGCUCAGAGGGAGGGACGGUAGGAGCAGGGCUAGGACUUAGCUGCGGAAUUAGUGAGAGGAGCUACAUACAGUGAGGCUGAGUGUGGUCUGGUCUUCUGAGCAGCUUGAAGGGGAACCAAGGGGGGGGACCAUUGUUUCAGGUUCUGGUCUCACAGGCCUUUGGAGCAAAGAGGACAUCUCAGGUAGGCUGGAGUCAGAUUCCAGAAGGCGGAGGUCAUGGUGGG